AUGGCAACCGAACUAGAAUUCCCAUGCUCACUCACCAUCGACAUCCCACUCCCCACCGCACGUCUCGCCUCCGCCGCCCUCUCAGCCCUAUCCGUCGACGCUGAACUCUCGCCCCUCGUCCGACGUACCUUCUCUCUCGUUUCCCCUACUUCAGACAACCUUGUCUCCGCAGACUCGAAAACUAUCUUCCAUACCAUCUACCGCGCAACCACAAACCGCAUGUUGCGUGUAGCUGUCAAUGGAUUUAUGGAGAGUUUAUCUGUUGUCUUGGGGGUUAUGGAGGAAUUAGAUGUUGAUGUACUGGAGAGUGAGGGUGUGAAGAAGGAGCCAGAGGUGCAGUUUGUUUAG